GCCCCUCUUGCUGAGGCGGCUCUGCGCAUUCCCCUUCCCCUUCUCUCAGAUUGGAUCUCGCUCUCUCGCUCUCUCUCUCUCUCUCUCUCUCUCUCUUGCUCGCUCGCUCUGUGUCUCUCCCUCUUCGCCUCUGCUCAUCGGUUGGAUCUGGGACGGAGGGAUCGUCGUCUCGAUCGAUCUCCUUCGGGGGGCUUCGCAGGUCUUUGGGCGGGGACCGCCAUGGUCGCGGGUACGCGAGAGCCGACGAACCAGCAGGCCCAUGUCUCGGCGGCCUCCGCCGAGGAGGAGGCCUUGAAGAGGAACACCGAUUGCGUCUAUUUCCUCGCCUCUCCUUUGACCUGCAAAAAGGGAAGCGAAUGUGAGUACCGCCACAGUGAAUAUGCCAGGGUUAAUCCCAGAGAUUGCUGGUAUUGGUUGAAUGGCAAUUGCUUGAAUCCAAAGUGUGCUUUCCGUCAUCCUCCCCUUGAUGGCUUAUUGGGAGCACCAGCCGCAGUGCCAGGUGGAUCUUCUUUGCCGUCGCAGCAACCGGCAAUACCACCGGCAAUGCCACCUGCAAUGCCACCUGUGGCACAGGUCUCUCACAAUUCCGGAAAACAAGCAGUACCCUGCGUAUUUUUCCAGAAGGGAAUUUGCUUGAAAGGCGAUAGAUGUGCCUUCCUGCAUGGAACAAAUACCGUGGUUAGCAAAGUGCAGCAGGCACUGGUAUCAACGCCUGUUAAUGAUUCUUCUACCGUGAAGAAACCUUUUGGCAGCCUAGAGAAAUGUUCUCAAGCGCAGAAGGUCCCACCAAACGCCUCUAAAUUAACAUCUCGACCUUCUGAGUCAAAGCCCUUUCCGAAAGUUGAAAAUGUUUUACCGAGAAAUGAAGUAAGCAUAGAAAAAAGUGCACCACCAUCACUGCCUCCUCCCAGAAUCAUUGAUGAAGGUGCCUCUAGAUAUAGGCCUUCAAGCACCCCUACUGUAAAUGGAAACUCGCAGAACAGGACUAGUCGAUUGCAUCAGCCUGUUGUUCCAGACGACUACCAUAGCUCACACAAAGACAAGGAGGUUGAUGAAUAUCUCAGGGAGUCCUCUCCUGGUUUUGAUGUUCUUGUGGAUGAUGAGCUUGGAGAGUCUGAUUAUUAUCACAACGAUGAUCAAUUUGGAAGAGGAAGAACCCAUGAAGGAAGAAACAUAGGCUCUGUGACCGAUUAUGACUUGGACCGCCCUGGAGAUUAUAGUGCAGAUAUUGAGCAUGAGAUGUUUCGCGAUCCACGUGCAUAUGACUCUUUUGAUCGUAGGUAUGGUUGGGAUCAACGGCAGGAUUCAUCUGAGCUUAUUCUUGGGGGACCGAUUCUUAGAGAGAGGAGGGCAUACCCAAAGAGUGAGAGCCCCGAUCAUGCGGAUGACUCUGAUCUGCGUCACCGAUUGUCAAAGCAGAGGAGGGUCAAUGGUUUGAGGUCAGUUGUUAGUCAUGAUUUUGUCCCUGACAGCCAUGCUGCCGAUAGAACCUAUCGUGGGUCAUCUCGGAGGGAUUCACAGCACUCAUCUUCUCACGAGGGCCAAGGUAGCAGCCGUCUUAAGGGUAGGAUAAAGUUUCCAGGGAGACUCAAUGGGGGGGAUGUUCACUCAGAUAGGGAGAUGGAGACGGGAAGGAACCCGGGGAGAUCAUUUCAAGGUGUUAAUAGGCUUAGAGAUAGACUAAAGGGCCGGGCACAGGAUGAUUACAACGUGGAGGCGAGGAAUUUACAAAGCCCUCGGAUGAGAAGGGAAUCAGUAGACGAAAAGAGCAUCAAUUUUGCAGGCCCGAAAAGUCUUGCAGAGUUGAAAGGCCUGGGGGGACGUGGUCAAGAAUCAUCUUCCAUUGGAAAGCAGCAGAAUUGUCCUCUGGACCAACCGUUGGGAGAUGUCACUUUUGAGGGGCCAAAGCCCCUUAGUGUGCUUUUGAAGAGGAAGAGAGAACCUGAAGGUGCUGGUUCCGGGUCUAGAUCAUCUGCAAGCAAGGAAGAGCAUAGUCACGAGGUGAACUCCCAGAAGCAUGCUGAUCUCACAAUUCAUCCCAAGGAAGAGGAUGACGGCUAUAAGUCUGCACAUAAUCUGCAAGUAUCCAAAUCAGGCACAGCUGAUGCUGUUGGUAACAAAGAUUACACUGAAGGAGCUUACGAUGCUGUUCAGGGCAGAGAGAUAGAGAAUGAAGACGGAAUGAUCGUCGAAGAUGCAACGGAAGACCCUGAUCUCGGAGCUGAUGAUCAGAGGGACGGGGACUACUCUUAUGAGCAAGGCGAUGAGGGGGAUUAUAAUUAUGAAGAAGGUGAAAAUGCUGAAGGGGAAGGGGAAGAGGAGGAAUAUCUGGAUGAUGAAGACGGGGAUGACUUUGCCAAGAAAGUCGGGGUCAUGUUUUCUUGAGCACAGGGAGGCCGAAUCUGCCGGGCGAUUGGUUGGUUCAGCUAAAUAUGGAAUUACCAUGGAUGUUAAGAGUUUCCUUUCGUCAUUUGUGUUGUUUUGAAACCUUUUAUAAUUUGUUGUAUUUAAAGCCUUUGAUGAUCGAAUGGGAUUUUUCUUAUGCUUAAGGCAUUUGGCAUGCCCAUUUACUCAAAAGUUUGCUACAGUGAAUGACUGUACCGCUAGGAAAUUAAUAAGAAUUUCAGUUUAACCUUCCCCUCAA